CUCUCUCUCUCUAACCUUUCUUGUGUGCACAAGAAGAACUUCGUCUGUACAUGCAUAUCUCUUCUUCACCGCCGUUUUCUCUCUCAUCCCAUCCACUUUGAAUUUAAACCAAUUUCCUCAAUUAGGUCUCGUCCAUUACCCUCAGAAACCCUAACUUCAUGGCUUUGAUCAUCUUAUAGACUUUUUUUUUUUCUAUACCCAAGGAUUUUUGGGCGAGUCAAUUCGACCCACAUAAAAAUUGUCAAAAUUCGACGAAUUCUCUCAUCUGGGUCUCUCUCAAUUGCCUUCAAAUCUUAAGUUCUCGGGGUUUUCUAGUGAUUUAUAGCUUGUGAUCCAUAUGGGUCCGAAUCAUCCGAUGGAGGACGAUCCAAAGGACACGUUGGUGAGUCAACUCGCUGUAGCCAUAAAGGAAAUCUCUGGGUCGCCCGAGUGCCAGAACUCUUCUAAGAAGAUGUACAACAACUUGGUUCGGAGAGUGAAGCUAUUGAGCCCUUUGUUUGAGGAAUUGAAGGACAGCGAAGAAGAGCUCGGACUCGAUGAGGUUCGAGGUCUCGAGUCGUUGAAGGUCGCUUUGGACUCUGCUAGAGAGAUUCUCCGAUCUAUCAAUGAAGGCAGCAAGGUCUUUCAGGCUCUGCAGAGGGACAAAAUUGCAGCUGACUUCUUACAAGUGACAGAUCAAAUUGAAGAAGCAUUGAGUCAGAUUCCUUAUGAUAAACUUGAUAUAUCAGAGGAAGUUAGAGAACAGAUUGAACUCGUGCAUGCUCAAUUCAAAAGAGCUAGAGGAAGAUUGGACUCACCUGAUCCACUACUAGAGAUGGAUUUAGCCACGGCACAGAAGGAGAAGGACCCUGACCCUGCAAUUUUAAAACGGCUUUCAGAGAAGUUGAAUAUCAGGAAUAUGAAUGAUCUGAAGAAAGAGUCACUUGCUAUCCAUGAUAUGGUUAUCUCGUGUGGUGGAGUUCCUGGGGAUUGCUUAGAGGUGGUGUCGUUUCUGCUUCGGAAGCUGAAGAAUUUUGUAGCGAAUGAAAAUCCCGACACUGAUACGUCUGUGGUUGAAAAGGGCUUGAUUAAGCACCGAUCUCCUGUUAUCCCAGAUGAUUUCCGGUGUCCGAUAUCUCUUGAACUGAUGAAAGAUCCUGUGAUUGUCUCUACUGGACAGACGUACGAAAGAUCAUGCAUUCAAAAAUGGCUGGAUGCAGGGCACAAGACCUGCCCCAAGACUCAGCACACUCUGUUGCACACAGCUCUAACACCCAACUAUGUUUUGAAGAGUUUAAUUGCUUUGUGGUGUGAGAGCAAUGGUGUUGAGUUGCCAAAAAAGCAAGGGAAUUGUGGAAGCAAGAAAACGGGAGGCAGGUCAGACUGUGAUCGAGUCGCUAUUAAUGCCUUGAUACAUAAACUUGCAAUCGGGAAUCAAGAACAGCAAAGAGCAGCAGCAGGUGAGCUGCGGUUGCUGGCAAAACGAAACGCAGAUAACAGAGUCUGUAUUGCUGAGGCGGGAGCUAUUCCGCUACUUGUAGACCUUUUAUCGUCUACGGAUUCUCGGACCCAAGAGCAUGCCGUUACGGCACUUCUCAACCUUUCGAUAAACGAGGCAAACAAGGGAACUAUUGUGAAUGCCGGAGCUAUACCUGAUAUAGUAGAUGUCCUAAAAAAUGGAUGUAUUGAAGCAAGAGAAAAUGCGGCCGCAACCCUUUUUAGUUUAUCUGUUGUUGAUGAGAACAAGGUAGCAAUUGGAGCAGCUGGGGCUAUCCCGGCUCUUAUUGAUUUGCUCUCUCAGGGGACUCCAAGAGGAAAGAAAGAUGCUGCCACGGCAAUUUUUAACCUUUCAAUCUAUCAAGGAAACAAGGUUAGGGCUGUUAGGGCUGGGAUUGUGGUACCGCUGAUGAGAUUCCUGAAGGAUGCUGGGGGUGGAAUGGUGGACGAGUCACUAGCAAUACUGGCCAUACUUGCAAGCCAUCCAGAAGGGAAAAGCGCGAUCGGUCAGUCUGAUCCGAUCCCAGUUUUGUUGGAGGUGAUAAGAACCGGUUCGCCACGCAACCGGGAAAAUGCUGCGGCUGUUCUAUGGUCAUUAUGCACCGGUGAUGCGCAUUAUUUGAGUAUAGCAAGGGAGCUCGGGGCAGAAGAGGCAUUGAAAGAACUUUCAGAGAAUGGCACCGAUAGGGCCAAGAGAAAAGCGGGGAGUGUUUUAGAACAACUCCAACACGUUGACGUGCCAGUCCAACCAUAAAGUUUCAGGUGAAAUGUUUUUAUGAUUGAAACUAUGUAAUUUACAGUAGACAUUAGAAUGUUGAACCAGAAGAUCAGGGAUCUGUGUGAAGUACGUGAAUCUACAGUUGAUAAUUUCAGUGUUUUCAGUGUCUCGCUUUGCGGGUUUUCUGUACAGAAGGAUGUACGAUGGAAGCAGGUGUUGUGGUAAGUUUGUAUGUUAGAAAUGUUAUGCAAGUUACAAGGAAGCGAGAACGUCCUUCAUUGAAAGCGGGAAAAGCCACCAAUCUGUUUGAGCUUCCAAGGGUGGACUUGCAGACUUGGGCUUCUGCUGCCAGGUACUGCUCUACUUCUUACAUUUUCAUUAGUUUUUGAGUUCAAAGUUUGUAAUGUUGUGUCGAUGAUAUAAAUGAACAAAAUGUAUGACAUGUACUUUCCUGUGCUUGAAGUUUUUGAUUUGUUCUAAGAGGAUGUUAUUAUACUUUCAAUUGAACUACAUUAGUCAUUAGUGGAAGAGUAACUAGCAUUUAUUUCUUUGCA